UCACAUCUGUCGGUCGCAACCGUGACCUCGUCCUACGAUUACCGUUUGUCGCUAAACUCAGUUGCUGAAGAACAAACAGCAAUGAACAUUUCAUCUUCGAACCCAUCCAGUUACAAAUAUGAGGAUUACAGGGAGACAGCUGAUUGGUUGCUGUCCCACACUGAGCAGAGGCCUAAAAUAGCCAUCAUCUGUGGUUCCGGCCUCAGUGGUCUUGCUGACCUGCUGGACAACAAGACUGUGUUUCCCUACAAGGACAUCCCACACUUCCCCAACAGCACAGUACAAGGACAUGUCAGUCAGCUGGUAUUUGGGGAGCUGCAGGGGAAGCAGUGUGUCUGCAUGCAGGGCCGCUUCCACUUCUACGAGGGCUAUGACAUUGCCACGGUGACGUACCCGGUCCGAGUGUUCUUCCUGCUGGGGGUGGAGACCUUGAUCAUUACCAAUGCUGCUGGGGGGCUGAACCCCAAAUUUAAAGUGGGUGACAUCAUGCUGAUCAAGGAUCACAUCAACAUGCCUGGCUUUGCAGGCCAGAACCCACUGUGUGGUCACAACGAUGAAAGGUUUGGAGUCCGUUUUCCCUGCAUGUCGGACGCCUAUGACAAAGACCUUUCUAGUCUGGCCAAAGAGACUGCUGAGGAGCAGGGCUGUUCCKCCUUCAUCCAGCAAGGUGUGUACUGCAUGCUUCCAGGUCCCACCUUUGAGACCAUCGCAGAAUGCAGAGUUCUCCAGAAACUAGGCGCAGAUGCUGUGGGUAUGAGUACAGUCCCUGAGGUGGUGGUGGCYCAUCACUGUGGUCUCCGUGUCUUUGGCCUGUCUCUCAUCACCAACAAGGUGGUCACAGACUACAAUAGCCAGGAGAAGGCCAACCACGAUGAGGUGCUGGAGACCACAGGAAUGCGUACUCAGGACCUACAGAGGAUGGUCAGUAACCUGCUAGCUAAGAUGUAGAUCAGCCCCAGUCUGUCUGUGUAAUCAGCCCAGGAACAURGUUACUAUAAGGUGAUGUUAUAUAGGAAGUACAGUUGAAUAUAUUMCAGACUAGAGAAAUGUCAAUAGCAAGCAUGAAAUACAGAGGGAUCAUUGCAAUGAUAUGAUAUACAGUUGAAGUCGGAAGUUUACAUGCACUUAGGUUGGAGUCAUUAAAACUUGUU